GCGGUCCAAAGUUUCAAAUAUUGCGGUAAAAGCCCACCUUUUUAUUAUUCAAUAUACAAGCGUAGCCUUGAUAAUUCUAGAUCUUUGCGCGCACUUAGCGUUGGAACGUGCAGAAAAUAUUGUGAGAUUGCUGAAAGGUAUCAAGAUCCUUAGCGAAGAACAUGAUGUUGGAAGAAACUGUGCAGUGCAAUCAAAUUUCCCUUUGAGAGCACGAGGACGAACGAAUAUUUAACGAACUGUAUCAGUGCCCACGUAAAUUUUGCGGUAACCACUAAGCAAUAUGCCAGUUUUCUGCAGUGAUCUUCGGGUCUGAAGUUCAAUCUAAUUUCAGGAUGUACGCGCAAGAGAGAAAGUGUAUUUUAGGAUUUCAAGCUCAUCAUUUGAACAGCGCUGCAGUGCAGGAAAAUUUCUCGGUCCCACGCUACUCCAGAGACUCGACUUAUUUUGUCGACGUCUUCGAUGGUAAACUCCAUCCGCACCUGCACGCCUUACGGAACUUCAUCGGCAACCUUGUGGAGCAGGCGGAGAAGUCUGGAGGAUGCGAGUGUCACAAGCCCCCGUCGCUGCUUCUCGUGGGGCCGCCGGGUGCUGGCAAGACGUACUUGGUGAAGCAAAUGUCGAAGGUGUGCGAGAUGCCGCUGUUUGGAGUACACACUCACCAAGUGAACAACGCUGCCAGCAUCAAGAAGCUCUUCUCGCAGGCCAGGAACAACUACCCAAGCCUCGUCUUCCUUGACGACGUCGACAGCAUCUUCGCAAACCACGACAAUGAGCAUAGCUGCGGGCCACCCGUACAGCAGAUACGUGAAGAGAUCUUCUCUCAGCUCGGACCUCGCAAGCUCAAAAUACACGACCCAGAGUCUACACACAACCCCACACAGCAGCAGGUUCACAGCAGCCCUGGAGGCAGUAGCAGUAGUCGAGGCUCGUCGCGCUCGUCAAGCUUGAGUCGUCCUCGACCCUCGGCGCCGGAGCUCAACGACUCCUACGACGAGUCCUUGUAUCCCGACAACAACGGCAUCAUCGUCGUCGCCGCCACCAGUUCUCCCUGGCUUCUGUAUAAGGACCACGAGCUGCUGAGCAGGUUCCGCGGCGUGUACCUCGUAGGGCUGCCCGACAAGGGCGCGCGCUACACGCUGCUGCAGACGCUGCUCAGGGAGGUGCAUCACUGCCUGUCUGACGAUGACAUCAUGGAGGUCGCUCAGAAGACCCAAGGGUUCACUCCUGCGGACCUUAUGGUCGUCAUGAAGACGCUCAGCUACCGUCAGUUCUCCUUCCUUCUGUCCAUGGUGAACGGACGGGAAGCUGACGGCGGUGAGAGGUCAGGUAGCGGCAGUGAUGGAAACAGCAGAUCAACGACGCCGUCAUCUGAACUUACUGAGACUGGCUCUGACACCGACAUAGACGGACUGAACGCCUAUAGAGACCAGCAGAAACGGGAGGCUGCUGUUGCUGCUCUGACCGCCGCUGCUUUGGGAACAGUUACAGCUGCUGCGUACGCUCGGACUUCGCCUGCCGUUCCUGAAGGAAGUCAGCCCCUCAAGACGCCAGCUCCUCAGCAGGAGGUGUCAGGUGCUGCUGUGGCUGCUGGAGGAGAAGGUCUGUUGGGCCGCGUUGUCGGGGCGGCCGGAGUAGCGACUGUGGCCGCGGUAGCGACCUUACAGUCUGACUGGGCGACCGACAGUGAAGAAGAUGAAGCCGCGAUUCUUACUCAGAGGGAAAGAGCACCCAGCGAAAAAACUUCAGCAUCGCCGGAUUCUGGGUUGGUCCAAAGCUCUGAGGAGACGCUGCCUGGUCAGCCUGAAGAUACUACGCCAAAACGCCCACAUGCGCCUCAACACAAAGCUCAGGCUCCUAGUGAUGAAUCUCAUCAGAAUAACGUUAUAGCUCCGUACGAGAAUUUAGAUGACAAGGAAAGCUGCAGCAGUGACGACUCUCCACUCAACAGCUCUCGCGAGUCUGCUGACCAUACUUCUGUUUACAUUUUGGAUCACGGCAUAUCCAAUGACGCUCAACCAUCGAGUCUAGACUCCAGCAAAGAUCGAAACGAAAAUUCGAAUGAAGAUCCGGUGACAAACAACAGAUUUAUAGGUCAGGAGGAAGAAGCUGGAAUAGGAGAAGCUCCUGCUAAUGACGGGAAUAUUAUAUCAUCAGCUGAAGCAUCUCCAGGGUCAAGAAGGAGUCGCAGCUUGUCUCCCAGUUCUCCCUCCCUGCACACCGACCGAAGCACCUACGAUAACGUUUUGCCUGAUGGCAGCUUGUACGACCCUGAACCUUUCCCUUGUGAUAUUCAUACAGGAGAUCACACCCACGACAGUGAAGGAGUUGACGCUACGGGAUGCUCGGAAACUGAAGAGGUUAUCGUUCAUCCUGAACAUAAAGAUGUGCCUUUCCCAACACAAGCAGAGCAGAAGCAAGUGGUUAACGAAAACUUUGCCCUAAAUGGGCCCUGUGAUAUGAGAGAAGAAAGCGUUGAGCUCCAUUACAGUGAACCUCCAGAGCCUCUACGAGACGACAAUUUAGCCGUGGACAGCGACAGCGAUAACGAGUCUCCAAUGUUGCGGCCACGCCGUGUCGGAUUUGCAGACAGACCCGUGGCCAUCGGGCCCAUGUCUGAGAACGGCGCCGGCGGCAAUAGUGGCAACAAUAACAAUAAUAACUCCCGUAGUGUGUACUCUGGAAGGCCGUCAGGACCCUCCCCUCAUGCCCUCGACUGCGGUGGAGAGGAUUUGCCUCCUAACAUUUCCCUCGAUAUAAACGCUGGAGGCAGCGAUAACAUCUUACGACAGCUGCUGUCACGACCGCCCAUGUCUAUAAGCAACGGGGGAGUGUCACCUCUGCGCCGUGCGUCGCCGGGCUGCUCACCGACGCCACCUGCCAGCCCCGCGCCCUCGAACUGCAGCAGCGGUGCCGCCACCCUCGCCAGCAGCGGCAGCGGACGCGCCUCUCCCAGCCCUGCCAUGCAUCACGGCCUUCAUGGAGGACCGUCAGACGAUCGUCACCCUCAGCCAAGGCCUCGGCAGCAACCUUCCCACGGCCUGCACCCUGAUUCCCCAAAACUAAACCCAUCCCCUCAUCAACAUCGUCCCCGUCGCCACUCCCCCAGCCCCGGCAGCGAAGGGCUACAGGACGUACACAACAGCAACGCACUGGAGCGCUUCCACCCUGUGUGUGCCUCAGGCCUCGAGUCUGACGCCAGCGGUGACAGGAAGCUGGCACGUCGCGACUCGCAGAGAGACGCGCCUCCUAAAAUCAUCAGUGGCCUCGGCGCCGCGUCUGUCGCUGCUUGUGCCGCUGCGGAUGUCGUCGUGGACUCGUCUAGACCCGCACUCUCUGUGAACGAUGAUGACUUGGCAAAGCUGGUAGACGCUCUGGAAAUGCACAUGGACGGCAAAGCAAGAGCGACGGGCGGCAGCACAGGGACGGACUCGAGUGACGUGGGCUCCACUGACGAGGAAAGCUGCACCGACGAGGACGAAGUUGACGGGGAAGACAAGGCGACCAUGCGAGCUCUGGAUGAGAUCGGAGCAGGCACUAUGAACAUAGUCCCCAUAACGCUGGCCGACGUUCUAGACGUAAUUAAGAAAGGAUAUCGCACCGUCAGUGACGAGGAGAUGAAGAAGUACACCGACUUCAUGGUCUGGUUUGCUAACGUCGCCAAGUCUGCUUGCCCUCACAAUAACGGCAGCCGUUCAGAAGCGCCGUCGAUGGACGAAGAUGAUUUCGGAGUGGAGUCGACGCUGUGCGCGACCCCAAGUUUGCUCAAGAGAAACCAACGACGCCGACCUCUAAGGAAGCUCGGCAAGUUCCUACUGAAGGCUCUCAUGUUCAUCCUCGACUAGAGGUUUAAUUCCUCCCCCUGCGCAUCGCCAUCUUCAUUUUAAAAUCUAAUUACUACAAGUCAAAUGUCAGAUGAAUCUUGAUGCGUUAGUUUAAUGCUUAGUUCAUGUAAUCAAAGGCUAUUUUUUGUUGCCCGAUUUCAUUUUUGAACAUUUUCUUUCGCUUUUUAUGUCACAGUUACUUCACGACGUCGAAUGUUUCUCUAUUGUAUGGCAGUUAUCUGAGGGCAACCUGAAUAAGUGGUUGCACAAAAAUUGCUGAUUUGUGGUCAUGUAAGUUCAUUUACGCAUGUUCUUUUUUUGGAUCAAUGAGGUAUCCAUCCCCAAGCUCAGCAUUGAUGGGCUUACUAGCAACUCUGUCUUGAGUGGAUAUUUUAUAGGAUCAUUUUCGCGGGACUUGGGAAUUGUUGCUCGUCUUCUCUCGGAAAUUCAUCAACUGUCCUUGAUCUCUCAUUUCCACGCAAAUAGAACGGAACAAAAUUUGAUACUGUCUUGCAGCCCUGAGGCUAAUUGCAGAAUGUUUUGUUGUUUAGGUGAAGUUUGCAGUAGUUUGUUCCGUCUGACUGCGUUUAUUUAUUUUAUUGGCUCAUUGCGGAUGUUGCAUUUGUUAGUAGUCUGUGAUCGUACUUCUAAUAACCUCUUGUUUAGAGGGCAUGGUAAGCAUUUCUUAUUUAUUUGUCAAGAUACGUUUGAAGAUGUGUAUCUCGCUAGUUGUUCGAUCUCGUCUCUGGAUUAAUUAAGUUGAAGUUUUGUAAGUUCUAUGCAUUUUCUAAAGGGGCUUCUCCAGUUACUACAUUUUCAACUAUUGGAAGCGACGAAGUAGACAGGGCUCACGUAAUGAAUUUCUUUAAUUGCAAAAUUGCCAGUAUUGGAGUCACCUUUUUACAGACCUUUUACAGAGAGUUAUUUUCAUUCUUUUGUCGGUGUUGACUGGAAAGUCCAAUGAUAAUUUUAGCCUUCUUUAGUGCUGUUGUCUAAUAUAUAUUUUUUUGAUCAGGUAUCAAAAUACUCCAUGAUAUUUGUUAUGAUAUAGACGCUUUUGGACUACCGACGUAGCUGGCAUAGAUGGGGAAUCUGUCCGACUGAAAAUGUGUUGUUACUUGAAUUCGGAGUGUUGAGAGAAGGAUGGAGUCAUCUCAAGUCGCUUGCUGCAUCAUCAUUAUAGAUGGUGCUGGAGUACUACUUACUUCAAGUGCUGUAGGACACUUGCAGUGUUUCAUAAGAUCACUACGGAAUUUUGGUGACCUUAUUAAUUACCGAAUACGGAAUGAACCGAUGUACACUUGUAAAAAUACUUGCGGAAUGAGUUGUAAAUAGUUCUCUGAGAUAUGAGUAUAUUUUUCUACGGUUUUAAUGGCACAUGGAAGGCAUUUCUACUUCUUACUGAGCUGCUUCGGAAUCGAAAUAAAUCAAACAAUUUGUAGAAAACGCACAUUGAUCAAACUACGAAGUGUAAUCAAGCCGUGGUAAUUGUCGAUUUUAAUACUGCAUAUAAUUUUCAUUGCUGUUACUGCCCGUCUGUUUCUCUGUACCGAACGUAUGCAAGGCUCACAACUAAGCAGUUGUUGAAACAGAAUAAGCUUGUAACGUAAUUCUUAAUAUUUCUAAUAUCAAUAAUUUAGCAUCGACUCAUAGCUUGUUGCCAAGGGUCCUCUUACUACUGCUCGUAAAGCUGCGCUAUGCUUGAGACGAAUACGGAUAGUUUAAAUGGCUCAGUUUAAGCUCGCCCCAUACCUAGCCGAGCCUACUGGUGCACAAAUUGAAAUUGAGCAAGUUAUAGAUUCGUGCGUUGUUUCGUCGCUUGCUUGUAAAUAAGAUUAGGAAGAGAAUCCUUCGCAUACCUGCCUCCAUGGCUGCACCUAUUCUAAACACUAGGGAUAUUAUCCUUCCUAUUCGUCAUGAUCCCAACUCGAGAAAGCUUCGCUCAUUAGCCGUCAUAUUUCUACUUAAGGGAAAACAAGAUGCGCCGAACCAACAAGAAAACUCUUCAUCCGCAUGAUUCUUUGUUGUUCAGUUGAAUGACAAAUACAAAGAUGGAAAACUGGAAUGACAAAUACUUGAACUACUCAAAGAGCAAUUGAUUCCGAUGUUUCUAAGAGAACACUUCUUUCGGCCGCAUCUUUCCGUCACAAGAGUGACUUCUCGGUAGUUUGUGCAUUUAUGUACAUAUAAGUUAUCUUUAAGGUGUCACAUGUGCAAUUUGCGAGAACUUCAACCUGGCUAACUGAGUUCACGAGGUUUGUCUCAUGUCCAUUCGUAUCCACGGUAGGUUCAUUGUCUAGUAAAAUGUAACUGAACUUUGAUGGUAUUCCCUUCAUUUAUCUCAGGAGUUUAGUCAGCCCAAAAUAUCUGAAAUUCGUUCUGGUCAUGAGUUUCGAAAUAAAUAAUCGAGAGGGAAUCCAGCCUACGAGCCACGUGUCUGAACCGACGAGCGGGCGAUGCCAGUGUAAAAUCUGCUGGCCUGAGCACGCUUCACUAGUGAAAUACCGCUAGGUUAACCUAAUUUGUUUAGAGGCAAAUCGGGAAGUAACCUCGUCUCGUGUUCAAUCCUAAUGCCGACAGUAAUUUCUGUUAAAACAAAUGGUUACUGAUCAUAUUUUGAAUAAUUCUUGAAGGCUACUUAUCGCUCUGAAAUCACUCGCUCACUUCAUGUAUUGAUGCGGUACUAAAAAAAAGUUACACUUACCAUUAGAAUAGCAGAUAUUCCCUUCACGUAGGACUUCAGGAAGAGCUUGGAACUUUCAGCACCAAGACGACAAGAUGAUUGGCAUAGUAAAUGCAUACGAUUUUUUUUAGCAAGCGCGUAAGAUAUUUUGCCUUCGGUGCCAGUUUCUACAUACCGCCGUCUAGUUCUCCUGCAGGUACGUUAUCUCGACUACAAAAUCUAUCACCUGACGUCGCUAAAUUGUUGCAGGAAAGAAUCCUUAUUUAUGUACAUAACCCUUGUUACUUUUUAUUUAAAUGCUGAUGCUCUGUGAUGUUAGAAGACGAGCGACUUGUAGCGCAGUAUCAAGCAAACAAUACAGCAAAAAAGGGUUGGA